ACCACUGUUUUCUUUAGUUUUAUUAUUAACUUUAGGUGAAAUAGAAAUACUUUGAAUAUUUAGUUAUAUCAUUGAAUAUUUAGAAUAUUAACUUUAUACGUGUAAUAUUGUAAUUUGUGCAUUUCAUUUGUCGUGAUUACAGAUUAUUAUGAACUUUGUAAACUUUACAGGAUUUCAAAGAUGAACUGAUAAUAUGUAAGAACAAAAUUUGACAUUUUGACAAGAUUUUAAUUCCGUUGUAAAAGAUACGACUGCUUUCCUCUAUCUUCCUUUAAUAGAUAUAGCAGAUAUCAUAUAUUUAAUUAGGAAACAAAUAAUUAUUUGUAAGAAUUUACGAUUGUAUUCUGAUUGUUACUUUGUUAGGAGAAGAACUAGAUGCUGAUUGGCCGAAUCGUCUUAUAUUUUUGAGUGAUAAUUGGGAGGGUAGGGCAAACUGGGAAAACCGGUCAAAAAAACACCACAGUUGACCGGUUUUUGUUAUGAAAUUGACGAUUGAGUUGAUAUCUCAACUUUUUUACAACAUUGAGAAGUUAUGUGAUUGCUAACUGAGCGUUGAAUCAUUAACAUCUUGGUAAAAUGGCGACCGACGAAUCGAACCAUAAAAUGAUAAGAUACAGUAACGUUUUGGCGGCAACAAGGUCUGGCAAUUUAAGUGAGUUAAGAAGAUUGCUCGACGAAGGGCAUCCUAUAGACUGCAAAGAUAAUCAGAAUUGGAUUGCAUUACAUGCAGCAUGCUACGAAGGUUAUUCAAAUAUUUUACUGUUCCUUUUGAACUACGCGAGGGAAAACGAAUUGGCUUGUGACAUUAAUUACAGAAGUCACGAAGGUUUUACACCUAUCUUUAUUGCAAUUCGAGAAGGUUUUCGCGAAUGUGUUGAGAUUCUACUGGAAUAUGGUGCUGACGUGCGUGUUGGAGUUGAUGGUUUGGGAGAUAUAACUGUCUUAUUUGGGGAAAAUGAUGACCAAAGAAACAACUGCUUCCAAUGCUUUCUCGAAUGGAUUGAAGCGAACGAGAAUGGAGAAGAAAUCCUCAAAAUUCUAGAUGGUUCAAAUAAUAGUUGGAUGGAAGUAGUCGUUAGGGCAGCCCUACGUAAUAAUCCUACAGCCCUGGAUCUCGUAAUACGUCACUGCCGCUCAUAUUUAGUAUUUACAACAGUAGUUCGUGUUGUUUUAUUCUCAAUUAGCCACUCAGGAAAAGAUAAUAUGAUAAAUAUGCUUCGUAACUAUUUGGGAGAUGAAGAAUACAUUAGUAUAGUAACUCAUUUAUUCAGGGAAAAGCCGUCUGCUGUGGUUUGGAAUGUAGAAAAAGAGAUAUCAUUGCCUCUGGCUCUUUGUUAUAUAAAAGCUGACAAUCCUUCGAAGGUGCCUAUUUUUCUAGGAGAGUGUUGUGGAGCAGAAUAUUUUUGGGAGUUAAUGGGUUCCGUUGAACGAUAUGAGGUAGCCUUAAUGAGCUUACCUUUAGUUCUUGAUUCGUACGGUCAAGAGAUUAUUGAUUGGUUUACGAAAAAAUUUGAUAAAGAGCUAGGAUCUAUUAAAAUAUAUGGAAAGAGAGUUGUGCAAUAUGCUUCCAUUUACGUAUCUAGGAGUAAAUUCCUUAGAGCUUUCUCGAGCGUUGGUAUACCUGCUACAUUGAGCAUUACCUCCCUCUGCAUUAACUGCAAUAACUUAGACCUACUUUUAAAAUUAGGCGCUCCUGUCAACGCGCCAUAUUCAUUUCACAUACCGCCUAUUGGCCUCUGUUUGGAGUUGCAAAAUUUUAAAGGGGCCUGUACAUUACUCGAAGCAGGGGCAGCUUGUUAUCAUUCUUUCGUUGGACAAGAAAUGAAGGGUAAUCAUAUUAUGCUUCAAGCAUUAUACGGCGGUUGGAAGUCAACAUUACUUUUACAGAAGUUAGGAGUUUCUUUAGAAUCCUUAAUUAAUUUUGAACGUAGUUACGCAGGCUAUCAAUUCAAACUUUCUACAGUAUUCUAUUAUUUUAAUCAAUAUAGUCAAUGGAGAACCUUACUUAAUAUUCUAUUGAAAUGGUUUAAAUUACCAUUUGAAGUGGAGGUAGCUAAAAAAUGUUAUGAAUAUUUAACAGCAAACUCAUGGAAUAAAUCAGUAUGGUCGCAAAUAUUAAGAGAAGAGUUGAGUACAUUUGAAAAACCUCUUUUAAUGACUUUGAAGCAUUUGAGUACUCUUACCUUAAGAAAGCAUUUAAAAUUUGAGUCAUUUCAAAAUCCUAAGUUAUUAUGUGAGAAAUUGAAUAUUCCUGAAGGUAUUAUAUUAUAUGUCUACGGUAUAGAUAUUCCUAUGACAGGUCGUGAUAGCAUUUUUCGAGUCGAUAAUUAUGAAAUUAGUCGAUCUAAUUAUUUGAAACAACUAUUUAUUUGGUUAGAAACGGUAGAAGAAGAUUAAGAGAUGAAUUGUGAACUCUAUAUUCUUCUUCGUCGUUGUCGUAAGUGAGAAGUUCUUAUUUAGAAAAAUUUGCAAAUUAAUGAAUAGUUUAAGAAAGAAAGAGAGAGAGAGAGAGAGAGAGAGAAACAACCAGAACAGAUAAACAGACAGAGAGCGAGAAAGAAUAGUUAAAGAUUAAAAACGAAAAAAUAUAUAAAUAAUUGUUUCUUAUUUUUUUCUAGGUAACAUAUAUUUUUGAUAAAAAUAUUUAUGUUACUUUCUUGCUCUUCUUCGCUGAAUUGUAUAUUUUUGGAACUGUAUCAGAAAGAAC